GACAAGGUUGUUCCAACAUACUAAAAGCUUUUAUAGAUCAUAUGUCUGAACGGGAGAGUGAAAAUUUUCGUACAAGGAGACAUGAUAACAAAGACUCUGUUACAGUUACGACAAUUCAUCAGUCAAAAGGCUUAGAAUGGGAUACGGUUUUCAUAUUGAAGGCAAAUGAAUCAGAGAUUCCCUUGUUACAUGAAUUUAAUGGCAUCACAAAUGAAAGGAGUAACUCAAUUGAGGAGGAGAGACGUUUACUAUAUGUGGCAAUGACGCGCGCACGAAAAAAGCUUUUUAUUUUGUAUGUAAUUAUGGAUUCAAAUUGGCAGGUUCUUCAACCUUCACGUUUUCUGAGAGAAAUUCCUCGUCAUCUUCAAGAGACCCAGGAAGAGCUGACCAAUCACCAAAAACUCCAGGAGGAAACUCCCCAGAGUGGUUCAGCUGAAAAGGUGGACUCUGCUGAUCAUAGAAUAACACAAGAUGAUCCUCUCAGUGAUCCAGUUGACGGACUGUCCAAAGAGUCAAUUGACACAAUGGAGCUAUGCAAUUCCAAAAUCUUCCUAAAAAGAUUUAAUGCGGAAGACCGAGCAGUUGUGUCUCAUUUGUUCCAUCAAUGGGCCAAAAAACCUGCAUUUCAGGAACCACAGAGGUUGCUUAAGAAGGUAGGUUUUGUCAUUGAUGAGCGCCUUAGAGUCAAGAAGAGCACUCACAAGGAUGUUUUACGUGCCUUAAAGUCCUUAUUAACUUGCAAGGAAGCUUUACAGUAUGCUGAAUCUGUGUUGAACUGGGAGAAAAUUCCUGCUGAGAAGCGUGCUUACUUAAUGAGAGAGAAACAGGAGUACUUCCAAAAACUACGGAUUGAAAGUGCAAUGGGUACAUCGGCACCAACUCCCAAACAGAUUGCUUAUCUUCAGAGUCUAGGAUGCACUACGGUUCCUACAUCCCGUCUCCAUGCAUCACGGUUGAUUGAGGAAUAUAAAUCCUUGUAGCAAGAGAUUGAGACUGGAUGCGAAAAUUCCUUCAUUCCUGAGAGAUUCUGGCAGUGUCAGCAUCGAUAGCAGUAGCACCAUCAUCAGUGUCUCGGCAGGUUGAUAGGGAAAACAAGGCCAUGCAUAUGGGUAUUACAGCGUUGUGAUCUCGAAGUUUUUCAUAGCCUGGUUAGGGGGAACGGUUUUGUUCAUUAGAUGAUGUCUGUUCUCUCUUACAGGUUUUGGUAUUACAAUAUUUAUAAUUUAUACAUGGUGUAGACACUCUUAGGGAUCGUUUGGUAGAGUGGAUAAAAAUAAUGUUGAAUAAGGUGUAUUAGUAAUGCUUGUACUA